AGAAUCGCGAAGAAUUUUGCGCUUCUUUCAAAAUAGGUUUCCAUUUUUUACGAUUGUGAUAAUUUUUGGGGAUGGGUCGCAAAGUGGACUGGUCUUCUCAGAAGAAAGUGAAGAAAAUCGGUAGGAAGGGAAAAAAGCAACCUGCUCCUCAAAUACCACAUUAUCUCCUAACCGAAGAGGAGAAACUCAAAAAGAACAAGCUUUUACCGACUGAAAAUCUCGGCCGGAGAUCCAAAAAGCGAGCAGCUAAACGUGCCAAGAAAAAUGCCGGGAAAGCUGUUUUCAAGGAACAGAAGAAGGCCACACCAGUGACAAAAGAGUCUGAAGAUGCUUCCGAUUCCUCAGAAGAUGAACUUCCGUCUUCGCCCGAUGGAGAAGAGCCAAGAAAACACAUCCCCAUGGUGCUCUUGCGACCGAAAUAUUCGGACGAUGAGUCCGAAGGAAGUGAGUCUGAAGGAGCUGAAGCGGAUUCCAGUCCAGAAAAAUCCAGAAGCACGUUGGAAAACGGCGAAGAUUCUGAGGAAUGGGAGACAGACAAUGAGGAAGACGAAGCAGUUGGCGUCACUCCUCAAGGCGUCAACGGUUCGAAAGUCGGACGAACGAAGCUUUUCGACUCUGACGAGGAAGUGAGCGGCAGUGAGAAUGAGGAAGACGGUAAAAGUGACGACGAUGAUGAUGAUGAAGAGGAGGAGGAGGAAAUGGAAGGUGUAAACGGAGAUUCUGAUCACGAAGUUGGAGAUGAUGACUCCGAAUCCGACGAUGACAUUGAAGCUCAAGCGGAACAGUUGCGGAAGAAGCAGAAAGACGACGAUCGCUUGGCCGAGGAUGAAAGACAAGACAUGUCGAAGCCGUCGAAAGACGAAGACUUGGACUUCAAAUUACCGUCACCGGAUGAGCUUGCUCAGGAAAUCGAACUCGGAAUUUCAGAGAAAACUGCGGAUAUGGCGUCAGUGCAGCAUCGCAUACGGGAAAUCGCUCAUGUUUUGGCAGAUUUUAAAAGCCGAAGAGAAGAAGGACGAACGCGUUCAGAAUACAUGUCGCUUUUGAUUGCGGACUGUUGUAGAUAUUAUGGGUACAAUCAGUUCCUGAUGCACCGUUUGAUAGACCUGUUUUCCAUUGCCGAGCUGUUGGAGUUUCUGGAAGCAAAUCAAGUUGCUCGUCCAUUAACACUAAGGACCAACACUCUGAAAGCGCGACGUCGUGAUUUAGCCCGUGCAUUGAUUGCUCGUGGUGUGAAUUUGGAUCCCAUUGGGGAAUGGAGCAAGGUCGGUCUGGUGGUCUUCGAGUCGCAAGUACCGCUUGGUGCCACUCCCGAGUACCUGGCUGGAUGGUACCAGAUUCAGGGAGCGUCUAGUUUCUUGCCAGUCAUGGCAUUGGCCCCACAGCCCGGAGAAAUUGUGCUGGACAUGUGCGCAGCGCCCGGCGGGAAAUCCACUCAUAUUGCUGCUCUCAUGAAGAAUUCAGGCAUGUUGUUCUGCAAUGACGCCAGCAAAGAGCGUUCGAAGGCCGUGAUUGGAAACCUGCACAGAAUGGGUGUCACGAAUUCCUGCGUCACCAGUAUGGAUGCCCGGCAAAUGCCAAAAGCAAGUGUUCCUCAGGUUGUCGGUGGGUUUCAUCGGGUCCUCGUCGAUGCCCCCUGUAGCGGCACGGGUAUCUUGUGGAAGGACACGGAAGCCAAGUCGAGCAAAUCCUCCGAAGAUAUCGAUCGUUGCAAAAGCAUUCAAAAGGAUCUCCUCAUGGCCGCGAUCGACGUUUGCCGAGUCGGCGGAGUCGUCGUCUAUUCAACAUGUUCCAUCAUGAAAGCGUUCAAGUUGUCUGGACAACCGGAAGAGAACGAGUUCGUGGUGACACAGGCCCUGACGAAGCGGCCCGGUGUGGAAGUGGUGGAAAGCGGUCUCAAUUUCGGCACCGCGGGCUUCACCCGGUUCCGCGGGUUGCGAUUCCAUCCAUCGUUGUCCAAGUCUAAACGCUUUUACCCGCACACGCACAACAUGGACGGGUUUUUCGUCUGCAAACUCAGAAAGUUGAAGGCGGAGAAGACGGACGUGCAGGGAUCGACUGUGAAGCGGAAAUUUGACGAGGAGGUUGAGGAAGAGGAGAAGAAUGGCAAAGAAGAAGCAGUAGAAGAUGACGAGACAGAUGAAGAAGAGACAAAAAACCUGCUGAAGGCCAUCGUCACGAAAGCAACUUCAUCCAUCUCCACCGCAUUACAUCCCCCUUCCGCACGUGAAAGCAUGCGAUCCUCAGCCGAUCGCGUGAGCAAAAUCAAUUGGACCCCGUCACUGUUGCGACGCGUCAAGUCCGUGCCGGAAAUGGCGAAAACGAACCAACCCAGCUUUUUCGGGCCAGGCAGCGCCGCCUCGACCGCCCCCGCCGCCCAACACCGGCAAGUGCUGCAAAAACUCCAGCGGCAUCAGCUGCAACUCCAACAAACCGAUUUGAACCAGAAGCAGGCCGCCGUCAUGGCGUCCAUCCACACUGUCGGGGACCCGACGAACCUGAAGCGGGUGAGGCCCAUGCAGCAGUUGGCCGGGCAGCAGAUUGGAAGUCCGCCGGCGGUCUCGGACGCCGCUGCCGGGGUGGCGGCAGCCGCCCAAGCCAUGGACGGCGACCCGCUGAUGUUGCACAGGGAAGACUCGAAGCUGCAGCGGUCGGAUGACGAUGACGAGUCUGAUGACAAGUCCAGUCCCAGUGAUGAAUCCGAUUUCAGCACCAAGAAACAGUGGAUCAAGAAAAAUCCAGCUGGAGGAGGAGGAGGCCAACCUUUGUUCCUCGCUCUUGGCUCCUAUUAUGAUGAUGACGACGAGAAGGCCAACAGAUUUGAUCCAAAGAAAUUUCUGAUUUUUCUUUCCGGCUUCAAGGACAGAUACAUGCUGUUGGUGGGUCUAGUGAUUGGCUGUGUCAUCGGUCUGUCCACGUUCGACGACAAAAUCCCAGCCCUGGACAUCAUGCAAACCCUGAGCAGUCACUUGUCGUCUUGGCUGGUGACGGGCAUCAUUUGGUCGUCCGUACCUUACUUUUUCUGGGGCCGGAGAGUCAAGACGUUCACGUUCCUCUUCAACUGUCUGGUUUUGGUUUUGAUCAACAACAUCCUGGGCUCCAUGACGACGGGGGCCAUUUUCUACUUCAACGUGAACGAGUUUGGCAAAGGACUGGCUGCUGCCGAUGUACCCGUAAUACCCGAGGAGAAAAUAUUUGAAGGCGUUACCAAUGGCCAGGACUGGCUCAACAAUUUGAUUCAAAAAUAUGUUCCAUAUUCUCUGGUUUCCUCUUAUGCUGUGACCUUGUCAACUGGAGCUGUGCAGGGGGCAAGACUCAACUGCAGCGAAUCAAAUGUUGCUUUAUGUUUGAGUAAUGCAGCUGAGGUAGAGAUUGGGAAGCAGCUGAGAUACACAACAUCUCUAGUUCUGGCUGUUGUUGUGGGAAGAUCAGUUUUCAUUCUAGCCAAGGCCACAGCAGAGCACACAGAGUCUGGAGACCUUGUGAUGAAACAAGUCUGGAAGUCCUUCUUCCUGGUCACAGUCAAAUUGGCUGAUGUCUACAUGAUCUUCCUGCCUGUGGUGUCUUCUAUUGAUGUCAUCAGGAGACUGCAAACCAUCGAGCUGGCCUACUUGUCUGCUUCCUCCAGUUUCCUCUUUGCCACACUGGCUGCCAUGAUGCUCUACAGCCUGUUCUUCAUCCCAUCCUUACACUUUUUCUUUGCUGGCAAGAAUCCAUACACUGUCAUGUUUGCCAACCCAGUGCUCCUCUUUGUGUCCUUCUUCUGUCCCAACUACACUUCUGCUGUGGUGUCUGUGUUUUGGUUUUACUCUCAUAAAAAGGAGGAAGUUAGGAUGGUACUUUCAAAAACAGUGGUGUUCCUCAUUGUGGGGUUCUUUGCCAAGACUGGAGCAAUCUGCAUUGGGAGUGCCGUGUAUCUCUAUCAGACUCUGAGGAAGGCUCCAAUCCUGCCGAUUCAAUUGUUGAAAGGCUCCAUGUGGACGCUUCUCAACACGUCCAUAUUCCUAUCGGAAGAAGACGCUGACCUGAGGUAUGUGCAUGUCCUGCCAUUAUUUGCAGACAACUCUGGAGACAUGUUUCAAUCCGUGGGCUGGUACACCAUCGGGUGGGGACCAUUGCUGGAGAAGAUCGGAAUGGUUUUCACCAUCAUGCACCUCAUACUGAUCACGGACAGUUUGAAGGAGAUAUUCCCAGAAAUUAAAAGCCAACAGGCCACAGAAAAUAUGAAUUACGCAGAAACGCGGCGCAGCUUCUUCGGCGCACGGAACACUACAACUUCAUACACUCGGAUUCACACGGCGAUAUUGCAACACCCGCUGAAUGAUGAUUCCAUUCUCACUCUCGGAUUCCCGCCUGCUUCGCCAAAUCCAAAAUACCAGCUUGUUUCCCGAUCUCGUCCAUUUCAGCUAUGGGGAUCGGGAGAAAAAAUUAAACAAAAAAAUCAAAAGCCACCGUCGGUGCCUUCAAGGAACAGAGCAUUUCACAUGGCCCUCUUCCUCCCUAUUGCACCGCAGUCCUAA